UUUGUUUAAUGUGGUGUUGAUCAUUUGCACUAUGUUUAGUUAAACUCUAUUACUGAAUUAGAAUGGUUAUAUUUAAAAUGAACGCAUACUUGCUAAUAAUCUGCCUGCUAGGCCUUUAUAGCACAGUGCUGGCAACGAUUGAGCAACGGAACUGCCUUAUACCCAAGAAUCUGCAAGGAUCCUGGUUCUCGUGGGAAAUUGGCUUGCCUUUACAAACAGUAAUCAAUGCCACCUCGAUGUCGAGACAUGGCGACUGCAUCAACUUUGAGCAACAUCACGACAACGAGUACUCCUUUGUAUUUAAGGAACACACUGCCAAAUGCUUUAAGUGUGUGCGCACCAUUAUACGCACACCGAAUGUAUUCGAGAAGUUAGAAAGUGAAUGUGUAAGUUUGGCGCCUGGCGAGGAACCCACCGUGGAAAACGUGUGCAAGGACAUCAAGGAUGAUCAAAGGUUGAUUACGCUGUUCAACGAGAACUAUGUUCCCACCGAUUGUCGUUCCUCGCUGGACGGAGUCUGGCAUUUCACUCACCAAAAUCGCUAUCGCUUCACCGGUGUGUGCGAUAAACCGGAUGCGCGUAUCAACUCUUGCCAAACUGGAGGCACGCCAAAUCAAAAGUUCAACAUCACUUAUCAGCAGUGCGAGGGCAUCGAGGGCACCUUUAGCGACACUCUCGAGUUUAACUGCUUGGGCGACUGGUUUGUGGGCGAAAAACAUUAUUUUGCUGCGGUCAACCCCAAAGAAUCGCGCAAGACUGAGAAGUAUCGUUGCUUUCUUAAGAAUCGUGAUGAUGACCUCUAUGUGGGCGCUUCAAUUACCCCCGAGUGUAAUGUGUUGAGGACACCUCAAACUUCACCAGAACGUUGGCAACUUACACCUGUUAAACCGGGCUGUACAUAGCCUGCGACUACGAACACGGCGAUCAUUAACGACGACCCAUCAGUGAAACGUAAAACAUUAAAACCUAUAAUAAAAAUUAAUAAA